AUGACCUCCAAAUUUGACCAAGCGCUUGCGCGCAUCGAUGACGCUCAUCGACAAGAUCCAAACUUGGUCACCGUAAACGGUGCUGCAGUGCCGUACGAACUCUACUAUGCGAAUAAAAUGACCCAGCACCUUGAGAAGCGUGACCCAUCAGCGUCUGAGAUUCUUAGGCUGGCUGUACGUGCGCAGCAUCUCCGCCGCUGGGAAGUUCCCAGAUCUACUUACCCAAUGACGAGACCGGGCUACUUCGCCUGGCGGACAGCGCUGAAAAACCGGCAGGCUGAUAUUGCCAAGAAGAUUUGCCUCGAUUGCGGGUACGAUGCAGACGAGGCCGGGCGCGUUGCCUCAUUGGUCCGCAAGGAAGAUAUGAAGCAGGACGUGGAGUGUCAAGCCCUGGAGGACGUUGCAUGCUUGGUAUUUUUGGACGACCAGUUUGAGAAGUUUGAGAGAGAACAUGAUGAGGAGAAAAUUGUGGAUUGA